AUGGCUCCGAAGAAGCUUCUAGAUGACCCACCUGUGGUGGAAGACUCCGAUGAGGAAACUGUCGACGAGGAAACUGUCGACGAAGAACCAGAGGAAGAAGACGACGCCGUUGAAGCUGAAGACGGCAAAGCAAAAUCGGGAGAUGAUAACCAUGACGGUGAUGAAGAAGAAGGAGAAGAAGACGCCGACGAGGAAGACGAAGACGAAGACGAAGAGGACAAUGAGGAAAAGAAAGAGAAGCCCUCUUCUAAGAAGGCCCUAUUAACUUCUUCAUCGGCGGUUUCGAAUUCAAAUCCCCAAUGGCCAUCUGCCUCCGAAGACGAUUCCGGAUCCGGGUCGGAAACAGAGUCCGAAAACAACAGCCAAUCACCAUCAGCUUCCGACUUCACCGUCAAGCCUAUUGUUUCGAAGCCCAUGAACGACACCGUCAAGACCAACAAGAAGAAUGCUCCGGCGAAGCCCGCGCCGGCAUCCAAUUCCGGGUCAAAGCGCCCAGAGACCGAGCCCAACAAGAAGAAUGUUCCAUCAUCGUCCAAUUCCGGGUCAAAGCGCCGGGCGGAGACCGAGCCCAACCCGAAGGACUCUAAGAAGAAGAAGGUCGUGAACAGUGGCGAUGACGAUGAUGGGAAAAAGGGACGGCUUUGGAGCGAAGAUGAUGAAAUUGCGAUCUUGAAGGGCAUGAUAGAGUACCAAGUCAAAAAUGGCCCCGUAACAAAUUCGACUAUGGGCGCAUUCCAUGAGUUUAUCAAGAAAAAAUUGCAGGUCGAUGUAAGCAAGCUGCAGUUGAGCGAUAAGAUCAGGAGGUUGAAGAUGAAGUACCAGAAGAAGGGAGAGAAUGGCGAGGAUCCGGUGUUUUCCAAGCCCCACGAAGUCAAGUCCUUUGAUCUAUCGAAGAAGGUUUGGGGUGUUGAGGCUAAUGGGGUCGAUGAUAAUGCAAAGGACAGCAAGAGGAAGCCAAGGAAGAGCAAUAAGGUUGACAAAGCUACAGUCUUGGCCUUGCCUGUUUCAGAUAUAGCACCUGUUUCAGAUGUAGCUGAGAAGAAAGAGGAGCUUAAUGUAGCUAAUGGUGGAAUUAAGGCUGACCCAGUUGACUUUUGGUCUAAAUACCCAUGCCUGAGUGGUUCUUUGGGGUUGGAAAAUUCCACACCGAGGUCAGAUUUAACUACCCUUAUGAUUCAGAAAAUGCCUUUGAUUGGGAAAUCGAAGGCUAAAGAGUUGGAGGGGAAGUGGAGGGCCUUGCAGCUCAUUGAAAUGGAGUUGUCUGUCAAGAAGCUUGCUUUGAUGCAGGAACAGGCUAAAUUUGUAUUGGAUUCAAUGAAGUCUUCGGAGGAUUAG